UCCUUUGUUGUUCAUGAUUAUAAUGCAAACAAAAGAACAAUUAUGCAUAAUUCAUUUGUAUUUGUACAUCGAUAUCCCCACCUAUUGCUUGAUGGCUAUGGUUGGAUAUUGUGCUGCUCAUGUGAUGCAAAUAGAAAGCAAUUUGUUGAAGCCCUACCUAAUAAUAUACAAUUAGAUCCUCAAAAAGAAUCCACAUCCAUGAUGCAGUCUGUUUUCAGUGAUCAUUCCUACCAUGAGAUGCAACCUGAAGAAGCAAUGAGAAUGAUGCAAGCGAUUUUACUGAUCUUCCAGAAAAAAAUGGUCAUAAAAUUUUGGCGUCAUCUGAAAGUGGUAUUUGUUCUUGUGGUGCAGAGUGGGAUAAACGUUCUAUUCAAGAUGAAUCGUUGUACGUAGACUUGUGUUCAGUUGCGUACUUUUGUUCAAUCCAUGAUGUGAAGGGUAAGUUCUGAUUUGUUAUAGGUUACGCUUCACUUCAUAAUUAUUUGACUUAAAUAAAUUAUUUAGUGUAUUGUAGA